UGUUACUACCUCGGAGCCAGCAGUGAUGCAGCCUCCCGCGUGACAGCGUCCGUGUCUCGACCUCUGGCCUAUCACGUCCCCAUCGAGAAGAUCUGCCGGCGCCUCAGCAGCACAGACACGCAGAUCUGUGAGCUCAGAUAUGAGCCUCAGCUGAAGGAUUUGAGCAGCGACGGACUCAAAAAGCUCAAAGUCUUGGAGCUGAGGAACAUUUUGGCCUCGUGGGGAGAGGAGUGUCGAGGGUGUCUGGAGAAACACGAGUUUGUCAGCCUGAUCCAGGAGAAAGCACCGCUGCAUGCUCACAGCACGGAACUAUGAGCAACAAUAAAAAGAUAUAAUAGU